CGGAUUUAUAAUGGCCGCCACUUCAAGUGCGGGGAAAUUUCUAUCACUUUAUAUUUGCCAUAUAACUGUUUCUGAAUCACUUUAUUUGGGACCCUCAUGCUCCAAACAUGUAAGUACUUGUCCUAUAAUGUUUUGUAAGUAAUGAAUUCAGUUUGAAGUUGUUAAAUUCCUUCAUUUUUAAUGUCAAUGCAUGGCCACUUGUGUCAAAUUGUUUGGAUUUGAUUCAUGUCACAUUGUUACGUUAGAUUAAAUACCUAUUGUUUUGGGUUUGUGUUCGUGAGGUAUCGCCAACAGCAGUUACUGAUAUUAAUAAGGGUAAUAAUAAUAUCUAUUUAUUUUGAUACAGGAAUGAAUUAUUGGAUUUCUACGAAUGACCCAGUGGUAGUGUAGGCUUUGUGAAGCCUGUGGUCUGUGUCCAUAUCAACUUACAAAAUGAGCAAGGAAGCACAAAGUGUGCCAAUAGUAACUUUAGCUGGUGUUGCUAAUAUUGGUGAUUGUAAGUAUAUUUAUGUAUGAAUGUGUCUGGUAAAAAUAUAAGCAAUGUUUAUAAUUAUGUGAUAACAAUAGAGGGCUAUUAAAACUCUUCCCUACUCUGACUAACUCUGCAGUCUGGCAAAGUGGUGCUGCUGUGGUCCAUGCAUUGGUUGCAAUGUCUUGGAUGUACUUUAUAUUUAAAUUGUCCAACUUGAAUUUGAGUGGUUAGGUUUAAACCUAACAAAAAAAUCCUGUGGUUCCAGUUGCCUGACCAACCCUGUGGUUACAUUAAAAAUGGCAUCCGUUGUUACAUUUCCAGAAGUGUUCUUCUGGAAAUGCUUAUGUGUUGUGGCAAUGGCAACUGAUCACACUCAUGACCAGGGCUCGAAUUUUAUCGCGGCAAUUGCCGUAGAGGGAGUACAAAAUGCUGUGGAUCAUUGCGGAAACGACGGCAAUUUUUUGCAGUAUAGUAUAAUUUUUAUACUAUUCACUAAAUUACUAUAUUAAUUAACAAUAAAAUUAAAUUUUUGUUACAGUAAUUUGAAAAAAUGCCGUGGAAACUGCCAAAAUUGCCAUAGACAGCUGUUACGUUCUACGGCAAUUUUUUAACGCCAUUGCCGUCGAUUGAUUUCAGGGUAAUUCGAGGCCUUCUUAUGACUGUUUUUUGAGAAAACAGAUUUCUGACCUACCUACUCUAAUUUCUUCAGGGUAUGAAACCGGAACCACAUGAUAAUUUUUGUGUGGCCUUAUUUUAGGGAUCUACCUUAUAGGCUUCGUGCAGGGUUUUAGCCAGGAUCUAAUUCAAAAGAAUGCAAAUGCUCAAAGAAAAGUGUGAAUAAUCGACAAAAAGUUAGAAUAAUUUAAUAACAGUUGAAUAAUAGUAUGCGAUAUUAUACUAAUCAUCGCCAUUUGACUGUGGUUGUGUAGAAUGAUGUCUUGUGUAAAAUAAAUCUUUCACUGAAUGAGAAAAUUCACUUAAUGGCCUGCCAAAAGCUGUUAUUUUUAAUUUGCUGUCUUAACUCUUCUUUGACAGGCCCUUGCAAAACUAGGGUGAGGCGGUUUUUCGGUAAACCGAAAAAAAAACGAUGUUUUUUGAAAACCGAAAUAUUCGAUGUUACUUUUGGAGAAAAACCGGGGAAAAACGAAGAAAAUCGGUAUUUUACUGAAAUCGAACCAUACUUAUACGAGUUUGAUGCAAUUGAAUCACGUUUUGGCAUUUACACACGAAAAACUAAAGAGAGUUUGUUUGAAAUUUGAUAACGUUUUCAAAAUACCUUACGUUUAAUAUCUUGCGUGAGUACUCAGUAGCGUGUUGUGUCUUAUUUUACAGUAGUUUUGAUUUUCGAACAUAGUUUUUAAAAAAACCGGUUCACUCGGUUUUCUCGUUUUUUUCCAGUCGGUUUUCGGUUUUUUGUAGAAACCGCCUCACGCUAUGCAAAACUAUUGUGAAAUACUAUUUUGCAGGUUCAUAUCUUCGGUUCAGUAAAUGCCAUGUAGAUGAAAAUACCACCAUCUACUAAUUCUUAAUGAUAGUUUUAGUCAGUGUCAACAUUGUAGCGAUUUAUGAGCUUUGAAAGUCAAGUGAGAUUGUAUAUUCAGGGUUUUUUCCGGAUUUUCUCUUGGGUCCGUUUUUGCAGAGAAGAUUGAGUUUAGCUGAACAGUUGGGGUGGCUGCACCCCCCCCCCCCCUCAAUAAAUGUUGAGACGCAAUGCGUUAAAGCAGGGGCACUAAGGGACACUACAAACUGGUUAAAGAUGGCAAAUGCGUAGUUUUUCUUGUGUUGUGAGAUGAAUUCCAGCCAUUUUUUCUUAAUUAUCGGGUUUCCAACUGAAAACUAAUUUCCACACGUCACAAAUUUAACUCAAAUAACUUCAUUUUUACUGCACUGAAACUUUGGUGAGAAGAUUGAGUUUCAAAACUCAAUUCAAGAUUGAGUUUUUGGGUCCGUUUUACGGCCAUAAAAAAUCCCUGAAGAAACCUUGAUAUUAUUAUUAUCAAAUUAUGCAAUUGUCUGAACAAAAAUAUAAACUAGCCAUCCUUUUUGCCAAACAAAACUUCUUUGUAAAAGUCCAGACACACCGGACGCGAUUUGACAACGCAACACGAUUUUUUAGUUUUUGAAAGUUAAUAAAACAGCCAAUGAGAGCAAAUUUGUUUGUCUCAAUCAAAAGAACACUUAAAAUUAAAUAAACUCUAUUACCGAUUUGUCAUAUCUUGCUUAGUUCUCGAAAUAUUUAGACCGAAAUUAAUGAGCUGUCCUCCAUCUUGGACUAAUUCUUAACCUCAUUAAACUAUGGUUUUGAUGACGUCAGGAGUUGGGUUAACCAUCUAUUCAGUAAAACUACACCAGGGAUGCCGGAGCGAGGGUAUGGCACAAGGGGGCAAUGUUGACGUUAGGGCAAUCACUAAGUAAUAUUUCGUUUCUGAAAAAUUUUUCUGGAACCUUAAUUCACCAAAACUAAGGCAAUAAAAUUUUCCGGAACCAUAAUUCACCAAAACAAGGGCAAAAAAAUUUUGAAAGUUAACCUAAUUUUUGACACAAUAUUCCAGAAAAUUUCAUGUAUAUAAUUAUCAAUAUGACAUCCAUUUCACCUGUAAUUCAUACUUUUUAAUCGUUGUACCUCAUAUUUUUUGGGUUAGAAUUUUUAUCUAAGGGCACUUUCGCCCCCCCCCUGCCCCCCUUACUAAAAGGCAAGGGGGCGAUGCCCCCUGCGCCUCCCCUUUCCGGCGUCCCUGAACUACACUAAAAUGAACGAGUACUUAACAACCAGGAAACAAAGUUUUGGACCCACAUUGAUCGCUUACUCAUAGGAUAUAAAAUUAGUGUGACCCCUCUCUUGAUGUAACAUGCAUAUCUUCAAUAAUCCCAGAUGGUGAACAGCUCACUUUGUUUAGGUGAAAUAUUUUUAGACCCUGCUUCUGUGAUAGUGUUCACCAGUUAGGAUUUGUUUGGGACAGGCUCCAUCCAGGGGCGGAUCUAGGAAUUUUUACAAGAACAUUUAAAAGCAAAAACUUGACUGUUUUUAAAGUUUGAAUAUAGGUAAUGAGAACCAUAUUGGUAUAGCAAUCAUUUUAUGCAGCAACAGUCCCUGCUGUUCAUGUAGUAAAAAAGUAGAGAAAAUGUCAUGCAGAUAGCGAGAGUCGCUUGUACCUACAUGGUAUGUUGUUAUAAAAAGAAAUACCAGACCGUAAUACAAAACCUACUGUACCUCUGGGAUGUAACCACAUCCUCACUGAUUUUCUGUGAAUAUUUUUUAACAUAACAUCACUCUAUAUGGCCAUAAUUGCAUUGCAAGUUGCAGCCAAAAAUGGCUCAGGUAACAUGGCCUUACUGCCCUUACAUGCUAGUCGUUUAUAAUAGUUGUCUAGUGUUUGGACUUUGGCCUAUUUGGUUGAGCAAAGUAGAAUGCUAGACGUAAAGAAAUGCAUUUGUCCUGCAUGAAAAAAUUUGAAAAGGCUGAUGUGCCCACAUUAAUUAAAUAUAUGAGUAAGCAUGGAAAAUAGUGCUUCCUUUGAAAUUAAUAGGAAAUUAAUGCUUCCUUGUGACAAUGAUGUUUUGUGCUGUCAGUAUAUUGGGCUACUUUGUACAAGCAAAUAGGAAUAAUUCUUAUUAUAAUCGAGCACAUUUUAUUUAAUUUCAUUCUACUAUCCGCCUCAAUUAGCUUCGCUAUUAAAUUAGCGGAUAGUAUUGUACUGUAUAUACAGAUUGUUUAUAUAUUUAUUAAGGUAUAAAUUCCGCAGUAAUUGUUCCCGAAAUGAGAAUGUGCUGAAACUUCCCAGGCAUGGAGUUUAUGACAUACUUAAAGUAAAAUCACACAUGACAAUCACAAUAUACCACCACAUAUAUACAAUCACAAUAUACCACCAAGACAUGACAAUCACAAUAUACCACCUUUACGCCAAUAUGGCGCCAUCUUGACGCUCAUUACGAGUAACAGCAAAAUCACAACAGCCCGAUAUUUAUUGACGUUUUUAGCGUGGAUUUUGCUUUAGUAAACCUAUCUUGUAAUCAUUUUUGAAAAAAUAUUGUGUUUUGAGCAAAAUGAAACUACUAAAGUGUACAAUUCUGAUCCACAAAUGUCUUUUCCACAUUUCUUUACACAUGUCUUUCUUUGAGAACAUGCAUUGAUAAAGGAUUUUUUUUCAAGAUCCAGAAAUGAUUUUUCUUUUAAUUUCGGAUAUGAAAUGUAAAAUGCAUUAAAGAAAUAAAUUAUCAGUUAAAAAACGGGGGUCACCGAUCUUUUUUGGGAACUGUGGAAUUAAAACGUGAAAUACAAGUAAAUAAAUAUACUACAGACACAGAAACCCUAGCUACCCUUUUGUAUGCCUUUUUUGAAAACAUUGAUUUUAGCGUAAUUCUUUGCACGAAUGUAACCAAAGUUGAAGUAACAUAAAAUUGUCAUAAAAUGAUUUUUUUUAAACGGUACGUAUAAGGGACCGGUCAUAAAGUAUUUACUAGGGGGUGUGGAGGAUAUUUUUGGGGGGUACGGAAAAAAAGAGAACCUCUGAGAGGGUACGAAAAAAACAACAGAACCUCUAGGGGGUACCAAAAUCUUAGUACUACAUAUAGGUACGGGAAAAAAUUACAUUUUAUAACUAUUAUUGAAUAUUGAAUGUAUUUGUGCCCAGAUUUAAGUUUGGGAAGAAUUGCUUUACUAUAAUUAUUAAAUCAACACAAGGUAUAUGUUUUAAUCUGACUCAAUGUCAGAUGAUAGGUAGGAUUCAGUAUUCGUUGAACUUUUGGAGUACAAAUCUAAUACACCUGAAUUGUCAAUGCUAGCAAGCUCACACCGGCAUUAGAACUUGAUCAACCUGAUGAGGAAGUGUCACAUUGAAUGGAAGCAAAGUUUUUUCUAUUUGAAAUAAACCAAAAACAAAUUUUUCUGUUUGAUCUUACCCUCAGCCCAUCGCUAGUACUGUAUGUCAGAAUCAGAAAAGACUGGUGACGAAUCGGAGACUGCGGAAAAUGUUGAGGAUAUGGUUACCACCGACAAGAAGUGGGAGAGUUAUCACAAACUGGAGAGUUUCGAAACAUAGAUAAACGCAAGACAAAUGUUAAAACAGAAUUAAUGAUAGAACGGGGGGGGAUAUGAAAAUUUUCACUUACUUCGAAGGGGAUUACGAAAAUUUUUCCAUAGGUUUUUGGGAGGGUAUGGAAAUAUGUACUUGAAAUAUCAUUUAUCCUCCACCCCCCUCUAGUAAUUACUUUAUGACCGGCCCCUAAUGGAUGAAAAUAUAAGUUAUAAGAUGUGUGCAGUAAAAGUGCGCAAUGCAAAACUGCGGAAUUACCUUAAUAAAAUUUGAUUUGAUUGAGUUCCCUCUUGACAAAUGAAAUCAUCUGGCUUUAGACAAACUAAAAUAACAAAAGAGCUGCAACAACAAGCCUCAAAAUAUUGGUGAAUUGCCCAUCUUGACACCUGAAAACCCACUUUGAUUGUGGGAGAUAAAAUUCUAGUCAUGGGUUUAGUCCUUUGGCUUUGCCAUAGAUAAAGAUCUUAUGUUUUUAAAUGCGAUCUUGUAGUUUUGUCUGAGCUGCCACUGCCUAAGAAGACAAAGAAAGAAGUAAUCAGUUUGUUUCCUAAUAACAAGACCAGUUCAGAUGCUUGGAAAAUUAUUCAAAAACAAGACAUUAAUUUGGCUGUACAGUUGGCUAAUGUCCUUAACCAAGUCAACACAGAUCACCUGUGAGUUGUGCUUCCUAACUUACAUUGUGUUGUAAUGCAGUGAAGGUAUUAACAUCUCCUAUUUACUCUAUGAAUCUUCUUGCUUAUUCAGAAAGCUGAAAGAUGGAGUAAUAGAUGAUGCAAAUAUUGGUGCAAAGAAUACAGAUCCAAAAUUGAUGACAUUACUUGCCCAAAGUGUUUCUCAUUUGCUCCAAACUAGAGGUAAAUAGGAAUUUCAUUUUACCAUUUUUUAAUAAGUAGAUUUCGUAAAUAGACUUGGUCUUUUUCUUCUGCCAAGAACGUUUAAGUACACAUGAGUAAAUAUCGUGUUAACUAUAUUAUCAGUUUAUUAAAAAUUGACAAAUCAAAAUUACACCUGUUAUGGAGUGCUAAAGGUGUGAUUGUGGUAGUAAAACACUUGAUGGUUGACUCUAUUACUAAGUACACUUCCACUAAUAACACCAGAAAGCUGUGGAUUCAGAGACUGUGGAUCGAGGCCCUUCAUCGGGGAGUUACUACCUACGCUGGCACACACUGUUGGAGUUUAUUCCACUGAUAACUGUCCUAGCAUUUUCACAUAUUCUGCUUAGUGCCUUCCAACCCAUUAAGUACAUCACUUCAUACUGUUACUAACAUUUUAUAAGUGAGUUUAAAAAACUCCCAUGUAUUAACUCCCAUAUUUUUAUGUAUCUAUCUGUUUGUCACAGGUGAGUCCUCCCAGCAGUCUGAUUUCUCUAUAAAUUCUAUGAUGGGAAAUACUACAAAUACUCCAUUAGUGAAUGGCAGGGCUGGAUUACAUGAACAGCAAGCAGCUUUGUCACAGCAAUUUAAUGCUAGUGGCCCCAGUUACCAAGCUCAAAUGAAUACACCUGGUCAGGCAUUUUCACCCUUGAAGACAAGACGGAUGCGAACUACUUCAGCAACGCCACUAUCUAAUUCAAAUAACCAGAAUAACGAAUUACAACAAGGUAUGUGUAUAGCAACUGUUCUUGUGUAAUAAAGUGUUCCUAGUCUAUAUCAUGAAUCUAAUAUUUCUCAGGUAGUCCACUAGUCCAGGCAUAAAGGCCAUUUUCCAUUGCAGUCGCUUUGCCCGCGCGGGCGGAGCGAACAUUACUCAACUUUCUCUGUAGUUGCCUAACCUGUGCAUUUUUUGUCCGCUGUCCGCCUGCAUGCUCGCGGACAUGCCAUGUAGGUAGAGCUACAUUCAACUUUCUUGGCAUGCCCGGGCAACAGAUUUUUCACGUGAUUAAAAUUGGUCGCUCCGUCCGCGCGGGCAAAGCGACUGCAAUGGAAAAUGGCCUUAAGUCGCGGUAGCUUAAGCCGGUUACAGACAAUUUUCAUGUGACAAGUUUUAUUUGCUCGUCUGUUUAGGCAUGCAACUUAGCCAAUUUUUAUUCAAGUGCACUUGUCAUAGAAAAUUUGUGAUGCAAUUGUGAGAACAUGCAUGUCAUGCAAUCAUGCAAUUAGAACUUGAAAUAGAAAACUUGCUAUUGUAAAUUGCUUUACUUUUUACUCUAUGUUUAUUGAAGGUGUUCAUUCUAAUGUAAGUGCUAGAACUCAAAUGGCUACACCUGUUCAAGAGUUUUCACCGUUGAAGACAAGAGGAAUGAGAAGCGGUUUACAAACACCGUUAUCUAAUAAUAGACAAUCACAAGGUGAUUUAAUUUAUUGUUUGUCCGUGAAUAACUUGUUCUAUACAAGAUUCUUCUGCCUUUUCUCUUAUACCAUGGCCCACAUUUCUCCCAGUCAACUAAAGCUAAACAAUUGUUUCUAUGCUCAAUGAAUUUAUGUGCCUUUUUUGUAUUUUCUGUUUUAUUUAUCGUAUGUCUCAAACAUUAAAAAAAAGUCUUCUUGCUUUUUGCUUUAUCGAAGCUUUUGAUACGUAAUCCUGGAUCUUCAUCAAUGCAAAGAAGAUGAUAAAGAUUUCUGAAGGCGAAAUAAAUCAUCGUGGUCCGGUAGCAGCCUCGUGCGCAGGCGCCGUGACGCGCACAUGAAAUUUUAGCUGAUAUCCCGCGAAUGCUAUCCAAUGAGUUAAAAAAUGCUGCACGCUCCUAAGGGAAGCGCGUUGCUUUUCAUCACUGAAAAAAAUAAGCUCACAGGGUGUUAGCUACAGUCAAAAAUUCCGCGUUAAACGCGGUUUUCCCAAUUUUUAAUACCUUGAGAUCGCAAUUUCCCAAUUUGGGUGAGCCAAAAAAUAGUUAAAAGCAUGUUUAUAACUACAUUUGCUCAAAAUUACUCCCAAAAUGCGGGAAAUGCCAUUUCAAAGACACAAAAAUUUUAAAAAUCGAGAGGGAGCAACCGCAUGCCCCCAGACCCACAAAGAAAUGCCCGGCUUCAGGCUAAAAUAAAUUUCCCAAUUUCAGGUAAACGCGGAUUUUUUUUACUUCUGGCUAACACCCUGGCUCAGGGCUUGCGCCUCCACCGCAGUCUUAGGAAUCCUAACCCUAAAAGAUGCGUGCAGAGGAGCUAGAUCUCUCCUGCCUUUGAGGGUUUUUCUCCGGGUACUCCGGUUUUCCUCCCUCUCAAGAAUCAACACACUUGGGUAAUAUAUGUAUAUAAGUGUAAUGUGUGUAAUUCUGUAUGAGGAAGUUGUUAAAUAGGCUUAGCUUCACGAUUUCCCUUUCAAAGUGCGCAUUCUCUAUAUAAGAAAGGAAAAUGUUUCACAAGUGUUUACCGAGUUUUUAAAGCACGCAAAAAAACCGGAAUCGUUGUAACAAAUGAGCUGAACAACUGAGCAUUUCAAUUUUCCAAAACGAGGUAGAAAGUUGACGCUAGCUAGAGUACUUGUUGUCUGGAGGAUUUUCAGGUAAACACAAAGUAGCUGUAUUAAGUCUACGUUAUCGUACUCCAAGCGUUUUUCGACGUUCAUUCGUACGUCUGUAUAUGCUUUUUUAACCCCUGAACUAGUGUUUCCUCAAAAAAAAACCCAACAAAUCAACUAUAUUAUCGGCGUACAAACUUGCAAGGAUGAAGGAACUUAAGUACAGUACUGCUGUAACUUCUCAAAGUAUUUCAAUUUCCUUCUCUCAUGAUUCUCUUUAGGAAAUGCACCUGGCCAGCCAGCUUUUGACAAUGAAUACCACAAUUCAGAUCAAUUAAAUGUUCAAAGAAAUUUAAAUAAUUUACAAGAAUUUAAUGAAAAUAUAUCUAAAUCAGGCAAACAGGCAGAGAUGCCAAAGAAUGGAUAUGUUACUCCGAGUCGACAUGAAACACCACGAACUGAAUUAAUGAAUCAAAUGCAGGAAGUUCCUGAUGACAUAUUAUGUGGUCCUGUUGAAACUACAGGAAAACAUUCUCAUGCUUCGAAGAAACACAAAAAAUCUAAGAAACAUAAAUUAUAUGACAAUGAUGACAGUUGUACAGAAGAAGAUGUAGAAUCUAGUGGCAUCCAUAUUCAAUCGAACGCUCUUGCAACUGAUAAUAUUUCCGUGGUUGAUUCAAGUGAAAAUUUCUCCCCAGCAAAGGGAAAAUCAAUACCAAAGAUAAUUAUAUCAAGGAACACAGAAGAUUCUAAUAAAUUUAUUGUAAAAGAAAAUUCAACAAAUUCAGAGAAUAGUCUUAAAAGAAGAAGAUCUACGGAAGAUAGUGAUCACAAAUUACACGAUGGCAAACGAUCAAAAAGUGAGAAGGAAACAAAUGGUAACCCCAUUCUGAUGAUGCCUUCAAUUCCUAUUAAACUCGAUAGACGGUUAUCAGUUCGGUUGGAAGAUGUCUAUGGUAAGUGCUGAUGUGCUAAAUGGUUUUCUGGGAUCCUUCUUUUUUGCCUGUGUCUAAAAUGUGCACUUAAAACCUGCUCAUGAGCAUGAUAAUUAAGAUUGUUUUGAACAGUCAAAACUUGUUUGUUGAUCUAUAGAUGGUAGGUAGUCUAGGGCAAAGGCGGAUUUUCAUUUUUUUUAAAGGAGGGGUGGAAAAAUUUGUAGUGGGGUGUAAGUGACACCACUGAGUGAACUUCGGCAGGGGUUAGGCGUUAGGGUUAAAGACUUUCACACAAAAUAGGAGGGGUGAAGCGAAAUUUUGGUGGGGUUGAACACUUUAUAAGAGGGGUUAGAGAGAUUCUAGGGGGGUUAACCACCCCCUAACCCCCCAGUAAAUCCGCCCACUGUCUAGGGUAACUUAAAUAACAAGGGAUAGACUUACUAAACUCGUACUUUGAAUUAGGUGAAAACUUUGUCCAAUAUGUUCUUAUAAAACAAACUUUGACCAGUAUUUAAGGAAGGUUUCUCUUAUCAGAGCCUCGUGUUCUGCCUUGAUUUUUUUAAUAAUUCUGGUGAAGACUUUAUUUUAUUUUGUUGAGACUGUGUCUACAAAUAUAUGUAUACUGCUUCUCGUUUGUAUAAUUACAAAUAGAGAGCUUAAGCUUCGCGUUAUACGUCAAACGACAAACGCCAGGCAAAGAAAAAUUUUACGGUAUCAGGCAAUAAAGAGUGAAUGAACUUGCUGUUUUAAAACUGCAAUACAUAAUUAUUCUUUCGACGCAAGAAAGAAAAUAUGAAACGAAAACGUUCAACGAAAAUUUGCCAAGAAAGUUCGAACCUGCCGUUUGCCGUUCCCGGAAACGUGAAGCUUAAACUCCCUAUUAUAUGUAUACUGCUUCUCGUUUGUAUAAUUCCCAUGAAACUUGGUUGUUUUUCUUCUGGAAUGGAUGUUAAGAUUUCUUAUCAUUUAUAAUUACAGAUUACCGUCAAUCAACAUCGUACAAAAGAUUUUCUGAGAAUAUGGAAAAUAUGUUUGACUUUGAUGAUCAAUGUGAUAUUAGCAGCUCGAUUGAAAAUGGUAAGCCAUGAAUGAUAACUAUCCUUUCGGCUGCCCUGGCGCUCGAAACUUUUGGCGGCUGGCCCAAGGCAAAGUCUGACUUUGGGUCCUUUGUGCGUUUUUAAUCGUCAGGUAUCUUGAUUUCUAUAUUCCAAUAUAGAGAAAAUUUCUAUAUAGAGAAAAUGAUUUCUAUAUUCCUUAACUUCUUGGACAGUCGUCUUGUUUAUAAUGAAAUAGUGAAAAUGAUUUUGGGAUAGAUUAGAUAGAAAUUUCAAUCUGCAUGGCAUCCCCAAGUUCGAAAUUGUAAAUUCAUCUCUUCUGUGUGCAUGCGCUUUUAUGCAUUUUCAUGCAUUUUUUUUUCUUACCCCUUUUAUAUCUGGUGAGGGGGGGGGGGCACAUUUCACUCUUUGCUCCUCCCCGUGCGAGCGGCCCUGGAUAUUAUUUGUGGAAAAAACUUCCCCAUAGUUUGAUUAUCGUUACACUUUUCUAGAGUCUCAAGAAGUCGAUGCAGAAUUUCUUCUUACCAGAACUGCGCUCUCAGAGAUGUGUACCGAAACUGCCAAACUAAAGUCCAUGAAAACACUUUCGAAGGUACUUUAAUAUUAGGAAUAGUAGAAGUCAUAUAUGAGGGAAUAUUUAUCAACAACUCAGACUCAGAUAUUGAGAAAAUUAUUUUGAAUUAUUUGCUUUAUUUUGCAAAUAUUGACUUUACAAAUUUGUGCUGGUAUCUGAUUUUAUUGGAUAUUCUAUAUCAAGCACGUUUGCACUUUUUUCUCUACGACGUCCACUUUACACGUUAAUUUAAAAAUAAUUCCAAACUUUCACUUAUUCUUGCAGGUUGAUGGAAAUGAUUUGUCAAGAUUAAUUAUAAUAAUGAGAAGACAUAUUAAAGAUGGUAUUAAACUGCAGUUAACGUCCUGUCAA